AUGUCGCAGCCAAUCAAGACGUGCGUCCUUGGUGUGGGCCUCGCGGGUUUGACGUUCCACGUCCCGUUUAUAUUGGCUUUGCCGGACCUGUUCGUCCUGUCUGCGGUGCUUGAGCGCAAUCCAAGUACCCCUGGCGGAAAACUUCAGCAAAGGUUCGGAGUAACAGCCCGUAUCCACAAGACGCUCGAUGCGGUGCUCGAGGACCCAGAGAUAGAGCUGGUCAUCGUAGGAACGCCGAACGAGACCCAUUAUGAAUUCGCUAAACGUUGUCUCCUCGCUGGAAAACACGUCCUCGUUGAUAAACCGGUCACAGCCACCGUUGAACAGGCCAAAGAACUCGGAGAGUUGGCCAAAUCGAAGAACCUGGUGCUGUACGGAUUCCAGAAUAGGCGAUGGGACUCCGACUUCAUGACCUUACGCAAGUUAUUGAGUCUCCCUGAGUCGUCUCCACAGUCCCUGGGAAAGCUGGUCGAGUUUGAAUCGCGGUUCGACCGCUAUCGAACGGGACUAAAAGGAACAUGGAAGGACAUGCCGCUUCCUGCCAGCGGCCUGACGUACGAUUUAGGUUCGCAUCUCCUCGACCAAACCUUGGUUCUCUUUGGCCGGCCGGAGAAAAUUACAGCUUUCAUUCAAAACGUGCGCGGUCUCGGACACGAAGACGUGGACGAUUGCUUCACUAUAUUCUUGCACUAUCAGAAGAGUGCCAAGUUGCCGUACGGCCUUACCGUUAUCCUUCGCGCCCAUAUACUCUCUGCAAAAUCGAAGCAGCUGCGAUAUGUCGUACGUGGGACGAAGGGGACGUACACUAAGUAUGGGGUGGACCCGCAGGAAGAUACGUUGAGGGCCAUUUCUUCACCUGCUUCGGUUCUCUCGGAUGCGCAAUACGGGGUUGAACCGGAGAACAUCUGGGGCGAUCUAGAGACUGUACGGGAAGAUGGCUCAUUCGAUAAAGCAAUGUGCGUCCUCGGGUUUCUCGGGCCUUCAGGCUUCCUACUUCUUACAUACUCCCUCAGUUGGCCGUCGACGGAACAAGGUCAAUACGCCGGUCUUUACAAGAACCUCGCGGGCGCCAUCCGUCACGAUGAGGAAAUGGCAGUCAAAUGGGCAGAGUCAACUGCCGUCAUCGAGAUGAUCGAACUUGCCCAUCAAAGCGCCAAGGAGGGCAGGACCAUCGCGGUGCCAAGCCUUUGA